UCUCUAAUAAAAUGAGAAUAGCGUGUAAUUCAUAUUUUCUUUCAAAUAUCAACCUACUCGGAAUAAAACGUGUAGCAGGAUUUUUACCGACUGAACAACUGAUAGAUCUCGUUAAAUCGGAUGUUGGUUUGUCAUUUUGCUUUAAACUUUUUUGACGACCGUCGCCUUGCAGAUUCCUUUAUUACCGCAAAAUAUUGAAAGGAAUUCGUAAUAUGCUCAGAGAAAAUGUUCAGGAUGUCAAUAGGGACCGUGCGCAGCGUCUACAGUGUCACUACGCGGCCAAUUCCAAAACUUCCUAGGUGCAAUUUAAAUCAGGCGCAUAUGGGAAUUAUUACUUGUCGUAUUACUUAACAGAAUAAAAUUAUUAUUUUUUAUCAUGUCUCGAUCGAGAAAAUAUUGUUGCAUUCGAGAGUGCUCUAAUGCACAAUUUCGACGUCGAGACGUUGAAGUAUCAGUAAAAUUUUAUUAUUUCCCAGAGGGCACAGUCCAUUCUCCAUGGACAUCCAUGGAAAAGUGAGAAACGGACCAAAUGGAUCAAAAGGUUAAAAACUGUCAAUUCAUCAACUAAACUUUCUGUUUCGACGACAUUUAAAACGUCAUUCGAUUCAAACAGUUUUUUUCCUUUUACGUCAUUUUGAUUUUGAAGAUGCGAUCAUUGUUGUCGGACAAAAACCGUAUUUGAUUACUUUAAUCAUUAUUUUUUCCGAAAAAUUAAUUAUUUUUAAUGAUUUACAGUCAAAAUAUCAUCAGAAAAAUUGCCCAUUCAAACACGAGAGAGCGCGCUCAUCGACGGUAGUGCUGCUCCUCUCUAUAGCUCACGCACGGUCCCUAUAGUUUCAAUUGUUUUAUUUUUGAUAGUUCUGUUUGAAAUAGGCUAUAUGAAAAACAAAAAUAAAUCUGCAAUAUUCUUUUUCUAUCCACAUUUAUUUAGAGAAAAUAAAGAAACAUGUCAUAUGCAGAAAGAUUUUCACGACAGAAUUGAGAAACAUUGCUUAAAAAAAGAACAUUGUAAAAAGAAUUAUGUGAAAGAAAGUCGAUGAACAGCGAGAUUUCAGGGAUUCCUACUACUCAUAUUGACUUACUUUUAACUCGUACGAAUAAUCUACAUUCGGUGAUUUAGCGAUGAACGAACCGGUGCGAAAGAGUUACUUCGACCUCGUUAAGGCUAAUAUGGCAGCUGCGAAAAGAGUAAUUAAUCGGUUGAUUAAUCGAUAAAUCGAGAUUAUGAAGAGGAGUUAUGAUUUCUACGAUUUACAGAAUCAAUUCAUUACGAGAUUGGUGUACUUCGGUACGUACCGUGGAACGGAGGAAUAUUUACAAAAGAAAUUCGAGACCGUAAUAAAAUAUCUCCGAUCGGAAUACUCAGAUUCUCCUGUAACAGGAUUGUUGUUAGUUUAUCCGUUCUACUUUGUGCACGUUAUCGAGGCAUCGGAAGAAAUGAUUUAUCGUCAUUUGCAAGCCAUAUUCAACGAGGAAGGAAUGAAAAUAAAUCUUGGUCGAGUUUUGCCAUUGCCGCCUUACCAUCACGUUCACAAACUCGGAUCGGUCGACGAAGUAUUGAAGAGUUUAGGCGACGAAAACGACCAACGAUAUCUUCCGGAGAGUACGCUCAUUGAAUUUCUAUUAAAAUCGAAAUCGUCUAUACUGCGAGACAUACGGGAAUACGUGGAGUUGGCCAGAAUUGUUCCCCACAUCAAGCUCUACAAUGGUAAUGGAUCAAUUUCAACGAAAAUAAAGAAACGUCGAUUAAAAACGAUUAUUUAUUUAAGAAUAUGUACAAUAUCAAAAAAACGUUUUUUAUACGUCGUUUUAGGAUUACACAUCAAAUUCGAUUAAUGCUAAAGCUUAGGACACAAAUUUUCUUUUGCUUAUGUUGUCGUUUUCCUCUUGUUUUAAUGAUUCUUCGUAAAAUUUCACUCGAAACGUUCAUUCCAUAAUAUUUUCUGGUUCUCUCUCUCUCU